CGUCACAUGCUCGUUUCUGCUGCGGAAUGUGCUACUGCAUGUAAACACAGCGAGUUAGCAACAGAUACAUGGACAGUUUUUAAUGUAAUAAAUUCACGAAAUGAAGGUCUAUUUUUCUUUGGAUUUUACCAAAACGGGCUAGGCACCCCGAGUCUGCGUGAUGGAACUCUGCUGGGAUUGAACCAGAACCAAAACUAUAUCUAUGGAAGACCCGUUCUUCGUCGUUAAAGGUGAGGUACAGAAGGCAGUAAAUGCAGCACAGAGCCUCCACCACAGAUGGUGCGAGCUGCUGCAGGAGGGGGCUGGAGCCUCCAAAGAGGAACUGGACUGGACAACUAACGAACUGAGAAACAGCCUGCGCUCUAUCGAGUGGGACCUGGAGGACCUUGAUGAGACUAUUAGCAUUGUAGAAUCAAACCCAAAGAAGUUCAACCUGGACACUGCUGAGCUAUCAAAGAGGAAAGAAUUCAUCACCAAGACCAGACAGUCGGUGAAGGAAAUGAAAGAGCAGAUGUCGAGCCCAACUGCUGCCUCUGUAGAUGGAAACAACAAACAGACUCUGCUCAGUGAACAUGUGAGACAGGCUGCAGUCUGGCAGCCUGGACCAGAUAAAUACAGCCGCCUGGACCACCAGCUGCAGAAUGCCAACUCUCAGUUUAUUGAGGAGCAACAGGUUCAGCAGCAGCUGAUUGUGGGGCAGCAGGACGAACAGCUGGAGCUUGUCUCGGGAACAAUUGGAGUCCUGAAGAACAUGUCAGAGCGGAUCGGCAUGGAGCUGGACGAGCAAGCUGUGAUGUUGGAUGACUUCAGCCAUGAAAUGGACAACACUCAGUCUCGCCUCGACAACGUGAUGAAGAAACUUGCCAAAGUUUCUCACAUGACCAGCGAUCGUCGUCAAUGGUGUGCUAUCGCCGUGUUGCUUGCUGUUCUCCUUGUCAUAAUCCUCCUCUUCUUCAUCCUCUGAUACUACUCUCUUAGCAGCACUGUCCCUAAUUCUUGACUCUACUGGUCUCUACUUAAUUUUCUGAUCUGCAAUACUUCCCUCAUAGUUGACAGCUGUCCACAAAAACGUUCUUUCAUUCCUGACGUGCGUUGUUAAAGUUCCUAAUUACAAUCAGUCAUAUCAAUAACCAAAAAUGCGACUCUGUUUGGUUGACUACUGGAGCAUGAUGGACAGAGUUUUCUUGAACUCAAACGGUUUCCCCUUAAACGUCUACUAAACCUUUAUUUUCUUUCUUCGUUACUUCUUUCUGAUUUGAACUGAACAGAAAGAGUUUUGUAUUUGAGUUAUUAUAGUAUGUUUUUUAAAGGGCUAAAUGAAACAUUUACACUCCAGUUAAAGUUCAGGGUUAUGUUUUAAAUUUAGGUUAACUUUAGUUGAACACUAAUCUAGUGCAAUUCUUUCAUGUUUACAUCUUUUAACACUUCAUUACUGGUUUCACGUAGUUUAUUUAACUUGAGAAUCUGAAAACAAUAAAAGUUGUUCCAUAUUUCUUCCUUUGUGUAUUUUUAUUUUUUUUUAUUGUUAUUUAAGGGUCAGGGUUGUCUGCCAUAUUCAAGGUUAUAACUAUGUAUAAGGACCUAACAUUUAGAUUAAAGUUCUACUUUUACCAGACACCAUCAGUAAUGAGCUUAAUGAGCUUUCAGGACAACGCUUUUGAAAUUUUUAACCCCUGCACUUCAAAACCGUAAGGUUUCCUGGAACAGCCCUGAGUUUAGGAUUUUGGGAAAGCCAUUCCAGAAUCCUGCUUUUAUUCUGGUUAGAUUAGUCUCCUUCUACAUUGCUGAAGUCUUUUUGUCUACUGACUGCUGUCAGACCAUUUAGCAGUAGCUACAGUAUAUCUCACCUUUACUCCUUCUGUAAUGGAGUUUUAUUUCGUUUUUUCAGCCACAAACUUUAGUUGAUGUUUAAAGUUGUUGAUUUGGAGCUUGGGCUUCUUUUUUGGAUUGUCCAAAACAAUCCAAUUCUGCAUUCAGUGAGACAGAACUAGUUUCCGACAGAGCUGUGGUUGUUUCUGAUGGUCUGGUCGGCCGGUUUUACCUGCACUUGUAUCUGUGUUCAGUAGUUUGAACUGAUUGUGUUAAAAUGGCUAAAAGACAGUUCUGAAUGUGUAACUCAGCCAUUCUCCUGUAGUAUGUAUUUUUGAUUGUGUCAGAUGAAAUUUCAUUUAAUCAAAAUGUUUGUUGUGCAUUUGUUAACUAUCAAAAAUAAAUACAAUCAGUUAAUUUCA